AUGCCUCCUCGCACUCGAAAAACUCGAGCCUCAGCCACCUCUAAGUCGGCUUCUGAUCAACCAGGUCCAGCUGAUUCAACUUCAGCCACUCUUUCAACAUCUUUGCAGAGUUCAGCCACUGGCACCAACUCAGGCACCGCUGCGGCCAAGCGAGCUCCGCAACGCAAGGCUCCUCGAGCUAAACGACUUCGUAACAACGCAACAGCCAAUACACCUGAGGAAUCCACUCUCGAUCAGUCUACAAACCCUGAAGGCAACGUUGAUAAUGUUACUACUUUGAACCAAUCUGAUGAUCUCAACAGAACUCAAAAUUCAAACAAUGUAAACUCAACUCAACAAACUACUCAACAGACCCGGCUUAGAUCUGACGAACAAAAUUCAAACAAUUUAAACUCCACUCAAGAGUUGAACUCGACUCAAGAGACUACUCAACAGACCCGGCUUAGACCUGACCAACAAAUUUCAAACAAUUUAAACUCAACUCAAGAGUUGAACUCGACUCAAGAGACUACUCAACAGGCCCGGCUUAGAUCUGACCAACAAAUUUCAAACAAUUUAAAUUCAACUCAAGAGUUGAACUCGACUCAAGAGACUACUCAACAGCCCCGUCUUAGACCUAACGAAACUAAACCUACAUUUGACAAUUACCAGUCUUUAAUGAACUCGUGGCCUCCUGGCCGUAUAAAACAACAUCUCGAUGAUAAUAAGCCUUCCAAUCGUACUCGGCCAUCUCAUGAGAUUAAAGAGCGUGUCAAAUUGAUCUACAGACGUUUUCAGCACGAGCUCCUUAUGUUGGCUAUGGUGGGCGAGUUAAGUGAAACGACUAUCAAGUCUAUUAUACCUGGAUUGAAUGCAAAAAAACCAAAAGGUCUAAGUUGUUAUACACUUUUCCUUGAGUAUUAUUCAGAUUGUUUAGCGGAACCGAUGCCUCUGAAAGGACAGGACGACAUCGACGGUGAAUCGAUGCUUGCUGAACGCAACAAGAAGAAUGGGGAUCAUUGGCAAAGUCUUACGGCCGACGAAAAAGCCGUCUUCGAUCCAACUAUAUUCUUUGCUCUGGCUGGCGUACCUAACCCUCUGGCCCCUUUGGAAUCAGAUGAAGGCGAAGAGGUGGAAGAUGACGAAAAUGAACGAGGUGACUCGUUUGUACCAGUCCCGAAGGUUCAUAAGCUCAGCGUUGAAGAAGACAGUCUUUACCGGCCCAUUUACGAACGAGUUGUAGACUUGAAGAAGGUAGAAGCUCAAAUAGCAAAGCCUCCAACAGGACCUUCAACCACUCAGCUCCAGCGUAAAUCCAAGACCGCGAUAGAGAAGAUUGCACAUAAUCUUGCUUGCGAAGCAAAUCGAUUGGACUUUGCCUACUACCUUGUAGCGACUAGCACAGUGACUCCAAACAAUGCAAACGACCACGGAUGGCUCAAGGAAUUUACAACUCACCCACAGGUAGCGACUUGGGCCAACAAAACGUCACAUCUUGCUACAGUGUUUGCAACAUACUCGCAAGGUCAAUCAAUGGCAAAGGCAAUUCAUUUGGCUAAUAACAAACCAGCAAAAAAACGUCACCGUCCUGACAAGCAACAGCCUAGUGAUAAAAUCAAGGUCGAUUUGGGUCGUCUCUUAGCGGCUCUCACACAGAAAACAUUAGGAUAUCUGCCUAAUCAAGGCUUCCCACAGACUGCCGACCCAGCCAAUGAAAUUAAAAAGAGAAGCUUACCAAUUAGGAUGGUUCUCAUGGAGGGAUCGAGAUUAACUGAUGAAAAGGUUGCUGUGGGGUUCAAGAAGAUGCGGUCUGCCACAAGAAGUGACUGGGUGAAUGAUAUCACCGAUGGGAAAUUUUGCUUAGUCAAACUUAGCAUUGGUUCUGAGGAUACAAUUGGUGAGCCAGUCGCUUUGGACUCCAAGGAUAUUGAGAAGGCUUUGGUAACUCCUGCACGUGAAAUGGCUAAGGUGGUGGAAUUGGACAACAAUCAAGCUACCGGUGAGCCCACUGUAAGUCAAGAGAGAAGAAAGAAAGGCAAACGUAAACAAGGGAGUGAUAGCAGUGAUAGCGAAGAUGACAGUGAAGAGGAGGAUUGA